GUCAGUUCAGAUUCAGUGUCGCAGUUUAUCUACACUCCACAUCUCCAAGCUGAGAGAAGUUGCGAGAAGGACACGCGAGCACUUGCUUUAUUUUUACUAAAUUACUUUUUUUUUUUUUGCACAUCCAUACAUUUUAAUAAUUUGUGGAUAACAUAAAUAAUCUUAACUGAAAGGCUGCAAGAGAGUGAAGUUGUCGAUCUAUGGAGCGCUACGCCGUACGUGUGGAUACACACCAGCGCGAAACUUAAGACAUAUCCUUCUAGCGUAUUUACCUGACAAUUGUGGCUCGCGCAUCAUGUCUACGAUCAGGCGAAAAUUCGGCGAAGACUAUCAGGUGGUUAACACCAACCGGGCAAUGUCCUUUUCUGCCCCGGCCAAAAGAAAGCGCCAGAGGUUCGUAGAGAAAAACGGGCGAUGCAAUGUCCAGCACGGUAACCUUGGCGGUGAGACCAGUAGGUACAUCUCCGACCUCUUCACCACGCUCGUUGACCUCAAGUGGCGCUGGAACCUGCUUAUUUUCCUUUUAACGUACACAGUCGCGUGGCUCAUCAUGGCAUCUAUGUGGUGGAUCAUCGCGUACAUCCGCGGGGACCUCGGCCACGGCCACGACGAAUCGUACACGCCGUGCGUCGCCAACGUUUACAACUUUCCCUCCGCUUUCCUGUUCUUCAUCGAGACUGAGGCGACUAUAGGCUACGGGUACCGAUACAUAACGGAGAAGUGCCCGGAGGGCAUCAUACUUUUCCUGUUCCAGUCGCUGCUGGGCUCGAUCGUGGACGCCUUUCUCAUCGGCUGUAUGUUCAUUAAGAUGUCUCAGCCCAAGAAACGCGCAGAGACCCUCAUGUUCAGCCAGGACGCGGUCAUCUCACAACGGGACGGGAAGCUCUGCCUCAUGUUUAGGGUCGGGAAUCUCAGGAAUAGCCACAUGGUGUCGGCGCAGAUCAGGUGCAAGCUCAUCAAGGUUUUGCACUUGUGCAUGACGUGCCAGGCGCGAACUUCUUACACAGAGGACGAAGUUCUGUGGGGUCACCGCUUCCUACCUGUCAUGUCACUGGAGGAGGGAUUCUUCAGGGUGGAUUACUCUCAGUUCCACAACACGUUUGAGGUGCCCACUCCUCCAUACAGUGUGAAAGAGCAAGAUGAAAAGUCCUCCCUGCCCUCCCCCGGUCCUGUACUCUCCCCCACAUUGCUUGAUGAUCGUAGUCGCAGAGAGCACAUCUUCUCUUUAGAUGGGGUUCCUCACACCGAUGAACCCGUGACCAAAUUACCCAGCAAGCUCCAGCGUAUGAGCUCCAAGAAUGGAAAAGAGGUCCUAAAAACUGGAAGCACGCUGCCAACGGAAAAGGCCUCCAGCACGGGUGAUCUGCCCCUCAGGGUUCAGCGACUUGGGUCCCUUGUGGGUCAAGCAGAGGUGGAAAAUCAGCUCCAGCUCAAAACUCUUAAGCUGAGUUCAGAAACCCACACCCAGUCGGCAGGAGAACUGGAGCAUCACAGACUGGUCCCAAUACCUGCUCCGGUCCCAGGGCUGAGCCUUAAUCCAUUGCCUGCAUCCAGUGGCCGACCAGAGGACAACCUCCCCCCAAAAUUACGCAGAAUGAAUGCAGACCACUGAAUGGGUCUUUAUUUCUCACACAGAGAUGAACAUUGAGGCUUAGAAG